UAUACGACAUACUGUCUGCCCUUAACCCCUAACACCUUUAACGCAUACAUAACUGCCUGAAACACAGCUACAGAGAACAGGUAUGCUUUGGCACUAAGACACUUUGAAAGGCCAAUGGCAUGAGUAACUUCAGGAGUCACAGUCCGUGGACGUAUUCUGGCCAGCAUUUUCCAACUGUGUCAUUCAGCAUCUCUUUACAACCUGGAACUUCACAAUCUGGAACUGUCAGUUUCUCGGUUUAGAUAUCUCUCACGCCAGGAACCAUGGCGGGGAACGAAACCACCAGAGUAUCGCCUGGCGGGGAGUCAUUGACGGUUGUGGGGUCCCGUCAUGCGCUGAUCCGGACCCUGGGCCUUCUCCGUCUGCUGCAACUGUUAUCUACCUGUGUGACUUUCUCACUAGUGGCCCACGGAGGUAUCUGGCUGGGCUCCAUGGGUAAAUGGUGCAUGUUCUCCUGGUGCUUCUGCUUCUCCAUGACCCUGAUGAUCCUCAUUGUGGAACUGGGUGGUUUCCAGAACCGCAUCCCCCUGUCAUGGCUAGAUUUCCCUAUCACCUGCGCCAGCUAUGCCUUCUUCUUCUGCCUGUCGGCUUCCAUCAUCUACCCUAUCACCUAUGUGCGGUUUUUGGGACAAGGAUAUGCCAGAAAACGUGCUGUCACCGCCACAAUCUUCUCCAGCAUUGCCUGUAUGGCAUAUGCAACAGAAGUGACCUGGACUCAGGCAAGGCCCGGUAGGGUAAAUUCCUACAUGACCAGCGUGCCCGGGAAGCUCAAGGUCUUCGAGUCCUUUAUAGCAUGCGUCAUCUUUCUCUUCAUCAGCAACCCACACCUGUACAUGCUUGAACCUGCCCUGGAGUGGUGCGUGGCUGUGUACUCCAUAUGCUUCAUCCUAACCAUGGUGAUCAUCGUGCUGAACCUGGGGAAUUGUACCAACAUUGUGCCCAUGCCCUUCCCCACCUUCUUGAAAAGUGUGACCUACCUGUCUGUCUUCUUGUACGCUACUGCCAUUGUCCUCUGGCCCCUCUACCAGUUCAGUGCGCAGUUUAAUGGCCAUCCCCACAGAAAAAUGGAUGUGACAUGUCAGUACAAAUAUCCUCACUCAGUGUGUGCCUGGGAUCGCCGAUUAGCAGUGGCAAUCUUGACUGGUGUCAACCUGCUAGCAUAUAUAGCUGAUUUUAUGCACUUUUAUACCAAGGUGUAAGAUUCACAAGGGGAUCCCGUGGCGUGGCCCUGAUGCAACACCUUCAUUCUUCUUGCCCUCUUUUCUCUUGUCCCCUUUGCUUUAUACUUUUUUCCUGCUCCCAUUUUCUCUUUCUGGUUUAUUUUCCUUCCCUUUUCUUUUCUGGUUUGUUUUUCUUAUCACAUCUGGCUUUUUCCCUGAACUGUGUCUCCAUAGGCCUCAGCUUCAACACUUUUGUUUGUCCAAUCUGUUUUUCUAUUAGUUUUCUCUUUCUUAUAUUUUUAUUGCCUGGUCACAUCUUUCUCUUUCCUGGGAGAGUCUUUGCACUUCUUGCUGUGUCUAUCCACUACUUCUACCACUGAAGGUGUUAACUUCACAUAUUCAGAAUCCUCUGCAGUUCUUCCUACCAUGGGCCUAAGACGCCUUUUGCAAAACCAUGAGCAAAUGUUCAGGCUUUCUUUAUGCACUGUUAUUAUUACUUUAUGUGUGUAAUGUUCCCUCAAUUAAUCCUUAAUUUCUAUUUCUAAUCCUAAACAUUAUCACAAGUCAGUCUCUGUUUCUCUAUCUGGAGUUACUCUUUGCUUGAUUAAUUACUAAUGUAUGGGUUUGUUCUCUGAUUUAAUAUCUCAAGUCUUACUGAACCCAUAUACAUAAUACCAAAGCAUAUUUUAUUUCAUAUGCUCAACUGGAUACCAUUAUCUACUACAUAAAAAGGUCGUAUCUUAAUAAAUACAUACCAAAGUACUUACUUUAGAAGUCCAACAUAUGGCAUUCACACAAUUUAUGUAAACACAUGGAUAAUAACAGCUUCUAAUAAAGCCUACAUUGUUUUGACUUAAGGUA